AUGGCUGAAGCACUUGUUUCCAUUUUGUUGGGGGAAGUGGCCUCCAUUAUCCAACAAGGGAUUCAAGAAGAAAUAGGAGGAUUACUUAAUGCUAGAAAAGAGGUUGAUAAGCUCUCUCAUACACUCAUGACCAUAAAAGCUGUUCUUAACGAGGCUGAGGAGAAGCAAGUACAGGACAACUUAGUGAAGAUCUGGCUGGAAAAUCUCAAAGACAUAGCUUAUGAGGCGGACGAUGUGUUAGACGAAUGGACCACAAAAACUCUCAUAUUGAAAGAGGUACACACCACCAACUUUGUAUCUUGUUGCUUUUGGUUCAAGAAAGUAGGUCUUCAUCGUGGCAUUCAUCGUAGGAUAAAGAAUAUAAAUCAAAGAUUUGAUGAGAUGUCAAGAAAUAGAGAUCAGUUAAACUUCCAAAGUAGUAGCGCUAGCAGCUUAAUUUCAAGGGAACCUUCAAUAAGUAGACUGCAAACGAGUUCUUUGAUUGAGGAGUCCACCACAUUCGGUCGUGAUAAAGAAAAGGAAGUAAUAGUGAGUCAAUUAGUGAGUGAGAGCAGUCGGCAGGAGAAAAGCCUUAUCCCCAUCAUCUCCAUAAUUGGAAUGGGUGGCUUAGGCAAGACAACACUUGCCCAAUCAAUCUUCAAUGAUAAAAGUGCGGUGAACUAUUUUGAGAAUAGAUUGUGGGUGUGUGUAUCCGAACCUUUUGAUAAGGUAAGGAUUGCCAAAGAAAUCAUUAAAGCCAUUAACAAGGAUGCCAAUAUUGAUAAUGAUAUUUCAUGGGAAGCUUUGCAUAAUAAGUUGAGCAGUUCCCUUGAACAAAAGCUCUAUCUACUUGUUUUAGAUGACAUGCGGACAGAGGAAGUCUCCGAUUGGGAACCACUGAAGCUUUCCCUCAAUUGUGGUGCACAGGGAAGUAGAAUUCUGGUCACCACACGCAAUGGGAGGGUUGCAAAAAUGCUGGGCACGACUUACCUCCAUGAUUUGGAGGUAUUGUCUGAUGAGGAUUGUUGGUCAUUGAUGAGCCACAUAGCAUUUGCGGAGAGGACAGACGAAGAGCGUGAAAUGUUGAAAGGAAUUGGCAUUGAAAUUGCAAAGAAGUGCAAAGGCUUGCCUCUUUCUGCAAAGACCAUAGGCAGUCUCUUACGCUUCAAGAAGCCAACAAAACAAGACUGGCAAUUUGUCUUGGAGAGUAGCAUUUGGGAAUCAAAGGAAAUUAAAACACAUGUUUUACCAUCUCUGUUGUUGAGUUAUUAUGAUUUGCCCUCAGAUUUGAAACAGUGCUUUGUAUAUUGUGCCAUCUUUCCCAAAGAUCAGUGGAUAAACAAGGAUAAGUUGAUCAAGUUAUGGAUGUCACAAGGUUUCCUUAUUGAUAGUAGUAGUUCAUCAGAAAAAACAAUGGAGAUGAUAGGUGAAGAGCAUUUUGAUAUUUUGGCCACACGAUCAUUUUUUCAAGACUUGAGAAAAGAUGACGAUGGCAAUAUUGAUAAGUGCAAGAUGCACGAUUUGGUUCAUGGUUUUGCUCAAUUCCUCGCAAAUAAGGAGUGUUGCAUACUAAAUAUUAGUGAUAAUAUUGCACAACAGUUGAUAUAUAACAGGGCUCGCCAUUUAACUUUGACACGAAAUGAUGAUGAUGAUUCUGGUGUGGGUGAACGGAUCAUUCCUCCCCCUGUUUACAGAGCAACAAAUUUAAGAACUCUCCAACUGAUCCCAUGGAUGAAAUCUGGAUUUUCUGAUAUAUUUCACCAGUUAACUUGUUUAAGGGCAUUAAAUUUGGAAAACACUCAUAUUGAAGGGCUACCAAGCAAGAUAGAGAAAUUGAUACAUCUAAGAUACCUUAACUUGUCUUGGAAUACAGAAUUAAAAGAGUUGCCUGAAACAAUUGGUAAUCUGCAUAAUUUGCAGUCUUUGGAGCUGAAUAGCUGUUGGAAACUUUGCAAACUUCCUGAAGGAAUUGUGAAACUCACUAAAAUGAGACAUCUUGAAAUUGAGGAUACCGAAGAAUUGCAAUACCUACCACAAGGCAUUGGUAGACUGGACUCCCUUUGCAGAUUGCCCAAGUUUAUCAUAAGUGGCAACAGUGGUGGGAGGGGAUGCACAAUUAAGGAACUAAAAAAUCUCAAGUUCCUCCAGGGAAAGAUUGAAAUAAGAGGAUUAGGAAGACUAAAAGGUGAAAAUGAGGCCAAUGAUGCAGCGCUUAAGAAUAAGCAGCAUAUCCACACGCUGCAUUUAUAUUUUGAUGGAGAUGAUGGACAAGUAGUGGAUAGAGUGGAGGAGAAGAUGGACAGUAUACUUGAGGGUCUCGAACCACACCAAAAGCUCGAGGGGUUGACAUUAAAUGGUUUCCUUGGAACUAAGUUAGCCAGUUGGAUGGUGAGAGAUGAUGGGUUGCCCAAUUUACGCUUUUUGAAAUUAGGCGGAUGCAAAAAUUUAACCAAGUUGCCUCCUGCUCUUGGAAAGCUACCAUCUCUUCAACGUUUAUCCAUAAGUGGUAUGCAUGAGAUCAAAUACAUGUUUUCUGGAAUCAAUGAGGCCAAUGCUUCUCAGAGUACUGAUGGUGGGGCUAAGAAAGUAUUCCCUGAGUUAAUCCAUCUUGACAUCAAUGAUAUGAAAAAUUUGGAAGCUUGGGAUCUUGAUACGGAAGAAACAAAUGAAAGACAAACUACUUCCAUUACUUUGAUGCCACGUCUUUCUGUGUUGUAUGUUCACCAUUGCCCCAAGUUAAAAGUUCUGCCUCGUCGCAUCUUCCCUGCUGCUGAAGCAUUAAGAAUACUGAGUAUAUGGCAUUGUCCUCAAUUGACAUGGACGUCAUCCUCAAGUCUUCUGGAGCAGCUUGAGGAGUUGGAGUUACAUGGUGAUGCAGGUGCUUUUUCAAGGUCAUUACCAUCAAGUAACAAAAUAAAGACAUUGAAGAUAAACUUUUCACCAUUCGACUUGUUACCGGAAAGUUUAGAAAAAUUCACAGCACUCGAAACCUUGUCGAUUGGUAAUUGCGACUCAAUUGUGUCCAUUCCAGAAGAGAUGCAGCGUGUCACCUCACUACAGAAAUUGGAGAUCUAUGGUUGCCCUCGACUGCAAGAAGGUUGCAAAGGGGAAGUAGGAGAAGACUGGAAGAAGAUAUGCCACGUCCCCCACAUUAAAAUCGGCCACAGAAGAAUCAAAUAA